CAGGUCGAGCCUCUCCAGAUCGGGUUUCACUGCGGGGUGGAGCUCAGGGAAAGUUUCAGAUAAAGACUGGCCUGAAAACAUUCAGAGAGCUUCUUCAUACUCGCGCAGGAGACACAAAACAGCGUUAUUGCACAAAAUGUUUCGUUGUGGAAUCUCGUAUCCGAGGUGCAGGUGGAUCCUGCCUCUGCUUCUGCUGUUUGCCAUUAUUUUUGACAUUAUCGCCAUCGCAGCGCAGUCCGGAUGGGUGGAGGACGAGAACGCGAAGACGCACUACGCCAGCAUGUGGAGGCAGUGCCGAGGCCGCGGCGACCAGUGGGACUGUAAAUCUCUCAUGGAUCUCCCAUGGGCCCAGGCAGUCGCUGCUCUGAUGAUCAUAGGCCUCAUCAUCCUCAUCAUCGCCUUCAUCAUCUCAUUUGUGGCUCUCUGCUGUAGCCUCAACAUCGCUCUGCUGCCUGUAGUCGGAGGCUUGCUUAUUUUUGCCGUAAUCAUCCAGAUAAUCGCUCUGAUCAUCUACCCUGUCAAGUUCAACGAGCAGAUCUAUGAAGGUUAUUACAACUACACCUGGGCAUACGGCUUCGGCUGGGGGGCGACCAUCCUGAUGCUGGGCUGCGGGAUCCUCUUCUGUUGUCUUCCUCGCUACGAAGAUGAGCUUUCCGGCAUGGCCAAGACCAAUUACAUCUACACCUCUGCCUGAAACCCCAAAUACUCCACCUCUCAUAAAGGACAAUGUUAUGCCACCCAAGCCUAAAAGUCAGUGCUCACCGAUCUCCAAAACCAUUUUCAUCUUCCCAAACCAAACAUAGGACCAUACUGACUUUGAUGAGGGCUGUCCGUGCACUUUUGUCUAACUUUUAGGACUAAUGCAAUUAACUUUUAAUUAAUAAUCAUUCACAAACAGACUGGGCUUUGAUGUUUUUAUUAUUAUUAUUUUUUUUUAAAUGUCACUCAGCACAGAUUGAACUCCACAAAGCAUUAUUCCGAAUCUCCAUAUUACACAGUUUACAUUACAGUGUCCUUCACAUAUUACAUGUAAAUAUAAUUAAAUCCAGUAAGUAAUCUACAUUAAUACAACUCAGAAAACAACUAGGUGCAUGAAGUUUGCUUAACAAUUUACACUGUAACAUCAAAACUGCCAUUUAAAGUGUGACUGAGUUUUGUUAUUUGUAUAUUUCUUGAACAUCUCUACAUAUCAACAUUAAGAAAAUAUUUUUAUGACGUAACUGUAUUUUUACAUUAAUGUGUCAUCCCAUGUCAGGCCGUUCUUGUUUAUCUCAGUAGCGGCCGUGCAUGCUUGAUUGCACACUUCCCUAAAGUGCUCUUAUUGUCAGUGAAGAGUGGGUGCUUUGUGAACUAAGGUUUUUUUUUCCUAAUCGUGAGCUUGGUUUUAUAGUAAAAUUGGUGAGCAAGUGGAUAAAAACACAAAACACAGCAACCUGAUGUUUUUCUGAUAUUGAAAAAUCUUGAUGCAUUCAUUCCAUCAUCAUUUUGUUUCAAUUAGACUGUUUGAUGUGUAUGUGGAAAAAAUGUAUAAAAAGUACUUGGCUUGUAAACUUUGCAAAAUUUUAGUGUUUUUUGAGCAUUUUACUAGAAUAUAUUGUUUUCUCUCUCUCUGUGUGUGUGUGUGUGUGUGUGUGUGUGUGUUUCACUUUGCUAUUUUGCGGUUCUUUUGUGAUUAUAAUAUGAAUAUCAAUCUUCAAUAAAAGGGAGCCUUGCUGUUAAGACACCAA